AUGUUCCCUCUAUCUCUGAGUGAGGCACGAAAGCGUUAUCCAGGUGGUUCUUUCAGAGUGGCGGCCCAGGUCAACAAUGACAUAGUCAUGAGAGAUCGACUGGAAUCUCCGGGGGCAAGAGAAGUCGCUGCCCUUCAGAAGCUGGGAAUGGUUUCAGAAGAGAAGGGAGGUUUCUCCAUCGCCCUGAGCAUUGGGGG